GUCUCUCUUACCCUUUCUUCUAAAAAAAAGCCCUUUUUUUUUUAAAGCAUGAGACCCGACAAUCAUAAAGCCAAAGAAUCUCGUAGAUACCAAGCACGUAAAAAAAAGGAAGGCGAUACAGAGGCAGCGGAUGUUGCUGAAGCUCGUAAGAAGGCAGCGAAAGCGCGUGAUCGAGGUCUUGGCCUUGCAGCUGUAAUGAGACGCAAUGCAGAACCAUCUGAAGAGACUGAGGAAGAGAAGGAAGCGAGGAAAGCACACCAAGCGAAAUUCUCUAGACGCAAGCUUGAUUCCAACGCCGAUCGUUAUAAAGAAGUAACUGAACAAGAAAUUGUGGAUAGAGAUGCAGAAUUGGGCAUUGACCGUGAAACAACAGAUUUAGUCUCCAUGCUCGAGAAUACUGAGGAAGGAAGUUCGACAUUUUUCAAAUUCAAAGAAGAGCAACUAUUUAAUCAGGAUCAACAAGAUGCAGUACGAAAUAUGAUGCACUUGGACUUUACUAUAUUUGAGCCUGCACUUGAAAGAUUGGAUACGGAACAACUUUUGGGAUUAGACGAAGGAGAAUUAAUAGAGAAUAUACUGCAUGAACAACCCAUUGUAUUGGAUAAACCCAUUGUACCUUCUUUUUCUAAAAAUGCAAAGGGGUACGUCUUAUUUAAAUCGCAACAACCUGUCAAACCCAACGUUAUAUCCGAAGAAAAUGGCAUUUAUGUCCGUAAUGAUCGCGCUAUACCCACUAAUAAUCAUAGAAAGGAAGUACCAUCCUCCCCACCAGUCAAGGAUGAUCUGGAUGAGUUACUAGCAUUACGUCCUACUCCACCAGCAUCAGCAUCAGCAGCACCCAAAUUAAAGAAAAUCACAGCUUUACCUAGACCUGGAUCGAUCAAAAAGGAAGAACCUGUCAUGGAUGAUGAGGCAUGGCUAGAUGAUUUACUGGGAUAAAUAAAAUAACAUAAAUAAAGCUCAUGUGAUCUGACC